AUGCCACCUUCGAUCAUCUCCAUAAGUUCCGUCGACUCAGAUACUGUGGUCUCUGAGUGUGUCCGUACUCCGCCUUCUUCCAAUGAGCUUGCAUCUCCCGACCACAACCACCGCGCUACUGUCGACGGCAAUAGCACGCACGUCAAGACUAGAACUGCAGAUGGUACUGCAGCCUGGAUUACAAGCGACUUUCCCUUAGUUCAGGUUUCUAGAGAUCUCGCCGAGCAGUAUGUGCGCAAAGCCAUGCCUCAGAUCGCGAAUUUCGAGGCGCUGAGGGAGGGCGUGGAAACCGUGCAGUGUACUCAACCGGAGACUGGCAAGAAACAGAAAUUGUUGAACGAGGUUGAGCAAGUCUUGGACGGAUUGUAUGCUUGCGUACAUGCGGCGAAGGACCAAUGCCAUAUUCCACGCGAGUUUGCAUAUUAUGAUCGAUCUAAGAUAACGGGUCACCACAGCCACGAACAUACCGAAGGACAUGCGAAGACCAAGUGGACGAAGGACAACGUCAUUAACCAGUCCCGUCAAAUCUUACCUGAGUGUCACACUCAACCUCAAUCCACUGUCCCCCCAGUGCAGAAGCCGGAGCAUGCAACAGAGGAGAUCGCUACUGUCAACUUCUCUUCACUAACCAAGGAGGAGAAAGCCCACCGUCUCCUGCCACUGUUGCAUCGCAAAGGUUUGAAGGUUCCGAAGGCCGGAGCUGAACUCCAGAAGAAGUCUGCGCCUUUCGCGUCUGCUAAUGUCAAGAGCAAAGCCUUGUCAGUCGCAAGUGGACAAAAGGCCUAUGAAGAGAAGCAGUUCAAGAGCAAGAAGCGGAGCGCAGUCGGUCUCCAGACCGCCAACCGGAAUCCCGAUACCAGAACAACCAGUCCCGAAAUCUGCCCAGGGGAUCCGAGCAGUCAGUUCAGCUCGCUAGCCAAGAAUUUUGCUACGCUUGAAGGUGCCCCAAUUUGGCGAGACAGGUUCUCUCCCAAGCUCAAGACACUCGAGCAUGCUCAAAGGCAGACCUGCAGCAUGGAACAGUUGCAUGACAUCGUCUCCCGGAACAUUCAGUCUAUCGCCAUUCCCGACACUCAUCGCGGGGACGUGUGUAUGAAUGCCACGCCUCGAAAGUGGAUCACAAAGCCUCCAGUAGUCAUUACCGAUGCUUCUCGGUAUGCAGAUGCUUUCAGCGAUUACAUGGACUACACCCACCAUGACUUUCUAGAAUCUGAGGCUAGCCAGAUUCUGGCCUUGUAUGAUGGCGAUUUCGAUUAUGCAAAGUCGUUAUAUCGAGAUCUCGGAUACAGGGGAUUACUAUCUCUCCUUCGUGCAAACCGUUUGAAGAUGGCAACUGCAGAGGCGGAAGAGACCGCUGAUAGUGACUACGGGGAUGGUCUGUCACAGGAGGAUGGCAACGCUGUCAUCGAACUGUGCCGCGGCUGUCUAACCGGCUGUGAUUCAUGCUGUCCGGUUCAGGAGGAAGAAAUCAACAUCCGGAGCUGCAACUGUGAUAUCGAAUACGGAACACAUUCUACUGACCACUGUGUCGAUUGUAGCGAACCUGGACUUCAAACAAAGCCCUUCAACAAGAUCGACAAGUCAACCUUCACUAAUGCCGCACACAACAUGGAAUCACAUAGCAAUGUUGAACACCUAGUCCUCUUGGAAUGUCGCCAUUGCGGCACUAUCUUCUGCCCUGACGCUGCGGAUAUGUGUACUGGGUGCGGUGAUGCCUCAGGGCUACAGAGCUAUCAGACCGCUGCUGAAUCCAUACCUGACAUUGGCUCUGACCCUGGAAAGCAUGUAGGGGUUAUACCGACCCAUGAUAAUAGUACACGCAAAGACUAUUCUGGAGACCUACGUCACUUUGGGCUUAGCAACAAAGGCGUUGCAAAUCGUUCCCGUGGUGGUACCGGCACAGGUAACAGCCAGAGUGGAAAUGACAACAAGUGCACCCGCUGCGAAGAGAAAGUGUGCCACUGUACUGUCUGGGAAGCUGGUGACAAUCUCAAUCGCCAUGAGGAGACCACCCCAGACAACGACAGUUGGUGGGGCGUUUCACGUCCAAGUUCUUUCGCUGGGUGGGUCCACGAUCCACCACGAGAGCCUUCAGGCUCCGAUUGGGGUACCCAGGAAGCCAGCGCUCCCAAGCCAGGGAUCUCAAUCCCAACUAGCUAUACCGUCACAUAUUGGGCUACCAUCGAGUCCAGCAACCAGACCAUUCACGUCCCGAUCGACAGCACCAAUGUCUGUGGCUCCGAAAAGACUAUUAUUGAUGGUGAAUCAUGCGGCAUGAAGAAAAUCUGGAAGUGGGUGCAAGAGAAAGGUCUUGGCGACAAAAUUGGUUUGCAGGAUGCAUUCGAUCUAGCCAAGGAUAUGUACGGAGAGGUUGAGAAGACCAUCAACCCGCAAGAUGAGAAGCAUGCUCAGCAUACUUCACGGGCUGAACAUGAUGGUUGGAACAUGGGUUCAUUACCCCCAUAUGUUUGGGGUACGUAA